AUGUAUCUAUCUAUCUAUCUCUCUAUCUCUCUAUCUAUCUAUCUAUCUAUCUAUUUUAUCUCCGUUAUCUUACUACCUGUCUAUCUAUAUAACCUUAUUCAUAUCUCAUUCUUUUCUUCUUAUCUAUCUAUAUUGUUCUGUUACAUGGACAAUUAUCUAUCUAUCUAUCUAUCUAUCUAUCUAUCUAUCUAUCUAUCUAUCUAUCUAUCUAUUUAUUUCAUUGUUUUCUUAUCUAUAUAUCUAUCUAUGUCUAUCAAACUUUAUAAUUAUAUUUUAUCUUUUUCUCAUCUAUCUAAUCUAUUAAACUUAUUCCUAUCCCACUCGUGCCUUAUUCAUCUAUCUACCGAACUCUUUUCUUGUAUAAUUGUUUUAUUAUCUAAAUUUAAUCAAUUUUCUUAUCUAUCUAUCGAUCGAUCGAUCUUUAUUCGUAUAAAGCUGUUUUCUAACCUCAGUUAUAUUAAGUUUUUUGAUCUCUCUAUCUUUAUAUCUAUCUAUGUAAUUUUUCAUUUCUAUCUAUCUAUCUAUCUAUCUAUCUAUCUAUCUAUCUAUCUAUCUAUCUAUCGUAGUCUUUUCAUGAUCUAUCUAUCUAUCUAUCUAUCUAUCUAUCUAUCUAUCGUAUCUGUUCAAAUCUAUCUAUCUAUCUAUCUAUCUAUCUAUCUAUCUAUCUAUCUAUCUAUCUAUGUUUCUUUCUUCCUUCUUUCCUAUCUAUCUAUCUAUCUAUCUAUCUAUGAGAAAGUGUAA